GUGCGGAUGUGGCGGUGCGACCGGGGAAACUUACCAUUAUGAUUAGGAUUAGUAGUAUCUUGACCGGGAGCCAAAUCUGCUCUAUCUUUAUCUUUACCCAUCUGGUUCAGAUACAGCGGUCUAUCGUGGUUAACAAUGGCUUCCUCUUCGAAUUCCGAGCUUCGAAUUUUGAAUAUUAGCAGAGAAUCGAUCUACCUCUCGUCCCAUAUCAGUCUGGCGGCCAAGAGAGCCCUGUCGGGCACUGUGAGUAUUUUACUGCUCAUCGCGAAGGGUCGAUCAUCGCAAUGUCAUCGAUGCAGGAAUGAUGGGAUGCAGGAGGCAAGGAGACAGAUAUAAAGAACAAACGAAAUGAGGGACAGACGAUCGCUGGCAUAACGUGUCUGUGCAGGGAGAUGGCGACAAUUGGCGGUCUACAGAGGGAUGCAUCACUAUACAGGGGAGACAAACGAGCCAGAAGUUUCGAGAUGUAGUAGAAAGUACGGAUACUCC